CUGUAACAUUCCACUCAAUGCAUUCUAAGCCAGGACCCCCCAACCCUGGAACCAGGAGACCUUUUUGUUGGAGUGUCUUCAUGUUUGGACUUACUUACAUGAAUCGGAGACUAUGGAGCCUCCAUCGCAGCUCCAUCGCAGGGGUCGAAGCCCCUACAACCCUGGUUUGUUCGGCUUCCCAUUCUUAGGGCACUCCUCGCACAUCCUCGCACGUACUAGCGUCCUUGCUCCUAGCAGCGAUGCAAGGAACCCCUACUAGCGUCCUUGCUCCUACUCGCACCUCUUCCUGGGCGAAACCCUUGGCACUUGGACUGCUGAGACUGGCUCAAGCUUCUUGUGGAGGGCUAGGCGCCGUGUGGUCGGUGCUGCACGGCUGAGAGCCAUGCAGAUCUUUGUGAAGACCCUGACCGGGAAGACCAUUACCUUGGAUGUCGAGGCCUCUGACACCAUCGACAAUGUGAAGGCCAAAAUCCAAGACAAGGAAGGCAUCCCGCCAGACCAGCAGCGCUUGAUCUUUGCCGGGAAACAGUUGGAGGAUGGGCGAACUUUGAGCGACUACAACAUUCAGAAGGAAUCCACCCUCCACUUGGUGUUGCGUUUGCGAGGGGGCGUCAUCGAACCCUCCCUGGCGGUCUUGGCACGGAAGUUCAACUGCGAGAAGAUGAUUUGCCGGAAGUGCUACGCGCGCUUGCACGCGAGGGCGGUGAAUUGCCGCAAGAAGAAGUGCGGCCAUUCCAACCAGCUGCGACCCAAGAAGAAGCUGAAGUGAAGAGAGCCUCAAAAGACUGGACGGACUUCGCGUGGAGAA